AUGUUGAAUGGUAAUUACGUGCACCGGAAUCAUUCAUUGCAUCUUGGGAGCAGGUCAGAAGCAACAUGGCAAAUGUUUCUACUGCGUAAACUCCGACAAGAUUUAAUUGCAACAUACCAAUUACCCCAAAAUCAUAGCGAAGAUCUAUUGACUGAAAUAUACGUAAAUACAGAUUUCUCCGCGAUGCCAGUAGCAGUACAACGUGGUGCGGGUCCAAGUUGUUGGGAUCGUGUUAAAAUGGGUUUCAUGUUAGGCUGUGCAGUUGGUAUGGGUUCUGGUGCUAUAUUUGGAGGAUUCAGUGCACUCAGGUAUGGUCUAAGAGGAAGAGAAUUACUUGGCACUGUAGGAAAAGCAAUGAUGUCUGGAGGUGGUACAUUUGGUUUAUUUAUGUCAAUUGGAAGUGGUAUACGAUGCUAGCUUACGGAGAACUAUAAACACUCUGAGAUUUCCUGGAACUCGCAAAGACCAUGAAUACUGUAAUAUGUACAUUGGAAACCUGAAUACGCAAGUUGCUCACAUAGUACCAGUAUGUGUAGUCAGAGAGCAGAGACAAACGUGGAAAUCAUGAUAUUUCAAUUUGCGUAAUGAUUUCCUUUGCCAUAUUUAGAACAAAUAAAUUUUCUAUGAAACUUUACAAAUCAGAA